AUGACGAUCGAAGUGUAUUCCGAUCCUUGUACGAUCAACUCCCAUAAGGUCCUCGCUGGGCUUGAGGAAAUGAAAGCAGACUACAAGCAAAACUUCAUUGACUACUUUGCUGGCGAGCAGAAGAGCGAGGCGUUCAAGAAGAUCAACCCGCAUGCCACGGUCCCAGCGGCAAGAGACGGCGACAUGACACUCACAGAGUCGAACGCUAUCCUACAAUAUGCAGCCGACAAGACUGGUGCUGAGACUCUUUACCCAAAAGACCUCAAACAUCGGGCCGACAUCAACAGGUGGAUGCUCUGGGAGGCCGCAACCUGGUUUUCGGUCUGCUAUGUGUAUCUCAUUGAGAACGUUGUCAAACCGCUCAUGAAGGCAGAGCCGGACCAGAAAGCCAUUGACGCCGAAUCUGAAAGGUUUCAUAGAGGAGCGGGCAUUAUGAACGAGCAGCUCGGCAAGACGAAGUGGUUAACAGGCGACAAUGUUACACUUGCUGACAUUGCGGUUGCGGCGCCCAUGCAUCUCCACGCGGCUUCGAAAUUUCCUCUGGAUCAGUAUCCGAACGUCAAGCGGUGGCUGGGACAGGUCGAGUCAAUGGACAGCUGGAAGAAGACGCAAGUCGCGGUGACCAAGGCGCUCCUUCCCUGCGCGCCGACGAACGGAAGCAGCGUGGCUACUUCCAACGGGAACUCACAGCACAAAGUACGUACCACAGUGAACUACACCAAAGCCGUCGACGGACUCACCGAGCUCUACUUCUACGAGACCGAGAAAGCUAAACAUAUCCACGAACCAGGUGACGCUCCGGUAGAAGUUGAGAUGUCGGAUGGCUGGCCGUACGUCAACGACUUCCACCUGGACAAGAACGGCUUCUCGGUCCACUCAUUUAAGACGUCGCAUUCCGACUGGGAAAACGAGGAAGCUGUGCGAUCAGCCUUCUAUCCCGAAGUUGUUGAUUUUCUCAAACAUACUCUGGGCGCAAAGCGUGUUCUCGUCUUCGACCACACCAUUCGCACGGAAAAGAACGCAAAGAAGGCACUCACUGAUGAAAAGAACACCACCCAGCGCUCCCCCGUCAUGCUUGUCCACUGCGACUACACCGCUGAAUCCGGACCCCUGAGAGUCCGCCAACUCCUACCCGACGAAGCCGAUGACCUCCUCUCGCGCCGAGUAGCAUUCAUCAACGUCUGGAAGCCUGUCAACCGUAUUGUGGAAGAACGACCGCUUGCUAUGAUUGACGUGAAGUCGUGCAAGGAUGAAGACUUCUUCAAGCUGCAUCUUCGCUAUCGCGAUCGCAAUGGAGAGAAUUAUGUGCUGCAGCACUCGGACAGGCACAAGUGGUGGUACUUUCCCAAGAUGACUCCAGAGCAGGUGAUUCUACUGAAGACGUUUGAUUCCGAGGCGGAUGGGAGGGCGAGGUUCGUGGGCCAUUCGGCGUUUGUGGAUCCGACCAGUCCAGACGAUGCGCCGCCGAGGGAGAGUGUUGAGAUCAGGACGAUAUGCUUCUUUUAAGUAGGUUACUGCGCAUACUUUCCUGCCAAUAAAUGUCAUGAUCACCUAGGUACACCUUGUAGAAGCGGAUGAUGGGUGUUACUCAGCACAUCCCUAGUAGAAGGACUCGAUGCUCACAGGCCGGCAGCUCUCAUUACUGCGAUGUGGAUAACACGAGGGACUGAUCUACCCUCACUCCUAUCUGUACCAGGGGUGUCGCUCUGGAUCAGUUCAUCGAUAGCACUUCUUUCAGAAUUACAGUCAACGUAUACUAGAUAUUUAAGGUCCCAUAAUGUUGGUAUUGUCAAUGAUCAGUGCGGUAUGCAUCAAGU